GCCAUGCCUGCCCAGUAUGUCUAUCUAAAACCGGGCGUCUUCACGGUCGUGGGGUUUUGCUAUGGCAAGGUUGUCGCUUCAGCAAAGCGAGACGGGAAGGUCAAGGUCAAGCUCGUUCGCAGUGGGCGGUGGACGGAAGCUCAAGGCGAGGCUAAGGAGCUGCACUAUGAAGAGAUUGCCUCGAGAACCGUGACGGCCACUGAGGCGCUCGACGGAGCGGGCACCUUUGGUGGAGGGGUGAUCUGCACGUCUCGAGUGCCAGCACGUGGAGCAAGGGUCUGGGACUAUGGCGUCGUUGUCGGCUACAGAUGGGACGAAGACCAGCGAGGAUCACUGGAUGUGAACUUUAACGGGACAGUGGUAGUCAUCGCACAUGAGCCAAUAGCAGUGCUGGAUGUGGCAGUCGAGAUUUACGCGUUGCGGCCAUGUAUGGGCAAAAGUGUCAGUCUCAUUAUGCCACAAGAGCUUCGGCAAAAACACGAGCAAGUGUACAACAAGUUCAACGGUGUCGGGCAGGUCGCAGUGCGCGAAUCCACCCCGAUUCUUGAAGAAGUCGGCGCGAAACAUUUGGACGAGACGCAACUGCUGCCACUGCUCGACAUUACUAGUUUCGAGGUGAGUAUGUUACCUAUUCACCAUAUUCUCGACUAUGUGUACUACAAGGAUGGUGGCCGCACGCCCCCAGACGGAGUGUUAUUCGGCGAAUCAAUUUUCGACCAAGUUCAAGCCGUGCCAGCCCGCCCCCAAGCGAAUAGUGAAGGCGCAGGCACUGGGGCGGAACUGAGCGAUGGUCUUAGCGAGUCACAGGAGGAUUCGAGUGACGAGCCGACACCGCCAAGAAGAUCAAAUGUAUCAGCACAAAAACGCAGACGUAUUACUCGGGCCGGCCAC